AUGUCGCAAGCAGCAGCGACUCGGCCUGAUUUUCAGGAUGAUCCGGAUCACCACGGAAGCGAUGACGGAGACAAGAAGAAGAGUAGAAGACCGGCAAAUACUGCGUUUCGCCAACAGCGUCUCAGAGCAUGGCAACCAAUUCUCACGCCUAGAUCCGUUCUUCCGAUUUUCUUUGUGAUUGGAAUCAUCUUUGCGCCUCUUGGGGGUGUGUUACUAUGGGCUAGUGGGCAGGUCCAAGAAAUCAUUAUCGACUAUACGGACUGUGACACGCUUGCGCCUAUCUCUAGUACAGCAGCUCUUCCAUCGGGCAGAGUCACUACUUCAUUCAAAUCUUCGGCGCAGACUUCUGUUACCACCUGGCAGCGCAAUGAGACGGACGAGGCGACAAAGACGACCGGUUGCUCGCUAUUCUUCGAUAUUCCAGAAUCCCUCGGACCUCCCGUGUUCUUAUAUUACAGAUUGACGAAUUUCUACCAAAAUCACAGAAAGUACGUGCAGUCGCUCGAUACAGAUCAACUGCAGGGUAAAGUCGUCGAGAAUGCCACUAUUUCAGGCAGCACUUGCGACCCAUUGACUACAGAUGCGGCAACUGGCAAAGCAUACUAUCCUUGUGGCUUGAUCGCAAACUCUAUUUUCAACGAUACCAUUUCGAGCCCAGUGCUGGUCAACGAGGAAACCUACAAUAUGACAGACAAGGGCAUAGCCUGGUCUAGUGAUAAGCAAAUCAUCAAGACAACUGAUUACAAAUAUUGGCAGGUUGUACCGCCUCCAAACUGGCGAGUGAAGUACCCUGAAUACACUGCCGAGAACUUCCCUGACCUUGGCAAUGACGAGGCAUUCAUGGUCUGGAUGAGAACUGCAGGUCUUCCAACUUUCAGCAAGCUGGCUCGUAGGAAUGAUACAACUGCAAUGCCGGCCGGUCAAUACAGGUUGGAUAUUCAAAGCAGUUUCAAUGUAACAGAAUAUGGUGGCACCAAAUCGAUCAUGAUAUCCACUAGAACCGUGAUGGGUGGAAAGAACUCAUUCAUGGGAAUUGCAUAUGUUGUGGUCGGAGGUGUCUGUGUACUCAUUGGCGUCUUAUUCACGGCUACCAAUCUAAUCAAACCAAGGAAACUUGGCGAUCAUACUUACCUCACGUGGAAUGAACCUUCGACGGGUGCUGCCACUGGACAUGAUCAGCGUUGA